AUGGAAGAUUUCGAUGAUCUGAAGCAUAUUCUUUUUACAACACUGUAUGGAUAUCAGAUUCUACCUCCUCAACUGAAGAUCUUAUUUGACAUCGUUCUUGCUGAGUGCUCAGAUCUGCAGCCUCUUUUAUUGCAUACAAUGUGGAGUAUCGAUGAGUUCAAGAAAGGCUACAAGUUGAUGGUGGGAAGACAUAGGCAAAAGGGUGUUGAAAAUGGCGAUAACCCCGAUGGAUCCCCGGGGAGAUGGGAAGCGGUGAAGGCCCGCCAUUCCCGAGCACUCCUCUUGACAAACUCGGCGACGAAUCGA